AUGGGAAUUCCAGUGUUCCUCGAUAUGGUAGAGGACGAUCAGACCCUCCCAAUGACCUACACAGCCGAGACCAACAACAGUCUCUGUCAAUUCGGCACCUUCUCCUCCUCUACUACUACUGCUGUCAGCGGUGGAAGAUCGACAACUCCACCGCCAGCCCUGCCACCUCGCCAUCCACACCGCCGUCUCGCUCCCCAAGUUCAGUUGCAUACCCAGUCUCCAUCGCCAGCGUCGAACCUGCAACAGUACCAACCUUUUUACUACCGACAGCAACAAAUUCAACAGCAGCAGCGUGAUUCUGAACUCGAGAUACUCCACAGGCAACAACAACAACAGCAGCAGCAGCAGCAGCAGAUCCACCCGCGAGAUCUGAACAAUGACAGGAGAACAUUGAUUACCCAAGACCAACCCACAACAACAGCGGCAGCAGCAGCAGCAAGAACAAUGCCAACACAUGGCGCAGGAGCACCACCUGCGGCAUCUACACGACCCAGCGCACUGUACAGCUACUAUUCACAACAACAGCGGCAGCAACGACCUUCUCAGCAGCCAUCGACUCCUCAACCACAGAUGCCUCAGCCCAUGCCACAGUUCCAUCCCCAGCCUCAGCAAUCCCAACUUCAGCAACAGCAACAGCAACAGCAACAACUGCAUCGUCCAAGUCUCCACGAAAUGAUGUUCGCCAACACCCACCAACUCCGAGGAUCCUCCUUCGAGUCCAGUCCCAGUCCGAGCGAUGCCAGCUCCACUCCCAGCGACGCAGAAUCUUCAUCAGACGAAUCCAAAGAAGAAACAACCUGGAAACACCAACCCUUACAGGAUAUGGACGUGAACGAACAAAGGAGGAUGGAAUUCGAACGUCAAAUGAUCCUCUAUGAACGGUACCAGCGCCGGCGACAGAUGCAAUUGGCCCAGGAGCGGUGGCAGCAGCAUCAGCGAGCCAAUGCGGCCGCUUAUCGUGGUGGACAAGGAUCAGGGUCUGGGUCAGGGUCUUAUUGGUGA